AUGUCUUCAUAUACUCUUUCACAGGUCGAAGAAAGAUUAUUAUGUCGUGGUUGGGAUUUUUGUAUAGAAAAUAAAAUAACGAAUUUCUUAGAUUUUGAAACAGAUCUUGAAUUAAAUGCAAUGAAAUUACAGUCUCAUUGUCGUGAUUCAGUUUUUCGUUUGAUUUAUCGUAAAAUACAUAAUGCUUCACAACAAUUAAUACGCGCAUCUAAACAUAAGAAAUUAAGUAAUCUAUCAGAUGAAGAAUUAGCAGCUUUAAAAUCACUAAAAUCUAAUACCAAUAUAGUCAUAUGUAAAGCUGAUAAAGGUAGUUGUAUUGUAAUAUUAGAUAAAGAAGCAUAUAUGAAAAAAGCUGAAGAUAUAUUGAAAGGAGAACAAUUUGAACCACUAAGAGUAAUAGAUAAUAAACUGCGUUAUAAACUACAAUCGACAUGUUCUUCACUCUCAGUCUUUUAUGGUCUUCCUAAAGCACAUAAAACUGGAUAUCCUACACGCCCUAUAAUAUCAACUAUAGGAAGUUAUCAAUAUCAACUGUCAAAAUAUUUAGCUAAAGCGAUUAGAGAUGCACGGCCACAAGCAAAAUCAUACAUAAAAGAUUCCUUCGAAGUUGUAAAAAGAUUAAAAGAAAUUGUAUUAGAGAAACAGAAAACAUAUAUUAUGUGUAGUUUCGACGUAGAGAGUCUAUAUACAAAUGUACCGAUUGAAGAAGCAAUAGAAACAACAUUAGAUUAUAUCUAUAAACCAACUAAAUUAAUAGAUGUUCCUUUCGAUAAAGAACAAAUGUGA